UUAAAGGCAUUAGUAUAUGUCAGUACAGCAUACACAAACGUAAACAAUCCAUUUAUCGAAGAAAAAGUGUACCCACCUAUAGCUGAUUGGCAGAAGACGAUAGAUGUGGCCGAGUCAUUAGAUGAGCAUACUUUGAACAUUUUUACAGCUAAAUAUUUGGAUUACGCUCCCAACACGUAUAAUUUUUCGAAAAACCUAGCAGAGAGUAUAAUACAGGAAUAUUCUUUUUCCUUACCGUGCGCGAUUGUAAGACCGUCCAUAGUGUAUCCAUCGCUAAAAGAACCAAUGCCAGGAUGGAUAGAUAACGUUUAUGGGCCAAUAGGAAUGUAUAUUGGUGCCGGAAAAGGAAUACUACGAGUAGGCUAUUGUAAUAAAUAUCUGAAUGAAGAUGUAGUUCCAGUAGACAUUGUCAUCAAAGCUAUAUUAGUCGUAUCUUGGAAGAUUGGAUUGACUACCUUUACAGGUUCCACUUUCGUUUUAAAUUGUAUAAACCCGAAACCCAUGACACAUCAAAAUAUAAUAGAGUUGUUCUAUACUAUAGCAACUGAGGUGCCUUUGGAAGGAAUUGUCUGGACUAUUAGCCAAACAACAACUGAUAAUUUUACUCUGUACUAUAUAUUAUUUAUAUUAUUGCAUAUCCUGCCAGCUAUGUUAAUAGAUAUGAUUUUGAACUUUUCUGGACGUCGACCUUUUCUAGUACGACUGCAGAGAAAUCUGUAUGUGGUCAAUCGUUUCCUGGGGUAUUUCACAUGUAAUGAUUGGAAAUUCAGCAAUACAAAUAGUUUGGCUUUGAUGUCCUCAAUAUCAUCUGAAGACUGGGAUAUGUUUUCUUUCAAUUAUUCCGAUUUCAAUUCUGAGGAGUAUUACAAGUAAGUAUAUU